CCACCACUUCCUCAGGGACCCCAGAGGGCACUGGGAGGUCACAGCUGCAGAGGGACAUCCAGGACCUGCUUGAACAUCUACUCCCCCUGCUUAAGCCAUGCGCCUCUGUGUGGGGGGUGCACUGCUGACUGGAACACAGGACCCAGAGGAGUAUCAAAAGGAGCUGAAGAAGAAACAGAAGAACCGUGUGGCUGCCCAGCGCAGCCGGCAGAAGCACACAGACAAGGCAGAUGCCCUGCACCAGCAGCACGAGUCCUUGGAGAAACACAACCACACCCUGCGGAAGGAGAUCCAGGCCCUGCAGGCUGAGCUAAUGUGGUGGAGCCGGACCCUGCACCUGCAUGAGAGCCGGUGCCCCAUGAAGUGUUCACCCUGCCCUGUUCCACUGCCCACCCCUUGCAGGGGUCAAGCUGAGUGGCUCCAGGGACAACCUGUCCCCUAUGGACAACACAACUGCCAGGAGCACCCAGGCCUGGUCCAGAACCCAGGUUCUUCUUCUCCAGUCCAGCAAUUCUCUCCAGGUCCACAGGGUCAUGAUUGUCCUGGCUUCCUGUCCCCCCUGCCCUCACUGCCCCUUGGCUCUGCUGUGGUGACUUUACCUCCUGCCCAGCUGUGCUCCAGCCUUGUCCUGUCUGCCUUGCACACUGGCUCCAGCCUGCUGGGGCAUUCUUCCAAGCUCAGUGCCCACCUACCCAGCCCACCAACCCAAGGGCUGGAGCACCCCACCAAGGAAAAACUGGUCUCCCCUGACAACCUGUCAGCUGCUCCAGGGCCUGCUUGUCCACAGAGCUGGGCACACAAGCCUGCAUUCUCACUCUCGGCAGAGUGGCAGACACUGGCUGAAGAUUCCGGCCCGCACCUUCCCCUGGCCUUCCCACUGCUGUCCUCUGCUCAAGUUCACUUUUAACCCACUUGCUGGAGCUGGGCUGUCCCAACCCUGGGUUCUGAAAGCAGCCUCAGCUCCCCCAUUGCUGCUGGAGGCUGCCCUUCUUGUCUGACCAGCUGGGCCAGGAUUUCACCAGGGAAAAAGGCAUCUGUCACUGUGUGCCUACGACUGUGGCCAGCCUACCACUGUGGCCAGCCUGUCAUCACCAUUAUCUUAUUUCAAUGUCAUAGUCAGCCUGCAAAAAUGGGGCUAUCAUGCUACUUUUUUUCAGAUAAGGAAAUAGAGGCUCAGAGAAGUCAAGUGACACAUCCAAGAUCACAAAGCCUAUUUUUUUUUUUUCAGUGCUGGGGUUUGAACUCAGAGACUACACCUUGAACCACUCCACCAGUCCUUUUUUGUAUUGGGUU